GUUCUCUUGGAGGUUAAACACUUGGAGAGGAAAAUGACAUCGAUUAUCAAGUUGACCACGCUUUCAGGGGUGCAGGAGGAAUCUGCCCUUUGCUAUCUGUUGCAAGUAGAUGAAUUUCGUUUUCUUUUGGACUGUGGCUGGGAUGAAAACUUUACUAUGGAUGUUAUUGACUCUCUGAGGAAACAUGUACACCAGGUUGAUGCUGUUCUUCUUUCUCAUCCUGACCCUCUACACCUUGGUGCUCUUCCAUAUGCAGUUGGAAAAAUGGGGUUGAAUUGUGCCAUUUAUGCAACUAUUCCUGUAUAUAAAAUGGGACAGAUGUUUAUGUAUGAUCUCUAUCAGUCCCGCCAUAAUACUGAAGAUUUCACACUCUUUACAUUGGAUGAUGUAGAUGCAGCCUUUGAUAAGAUACAACAGCUGAAGUUUUCUCAGAUUGUGAACUUGAAAGGCAAAGGACAUGGUUUGUCAAUCACACCACUGCCAGCUGGCCAUAUGAUAGGAGGCACAAUUUGGAAGAUUGUCAAGGACGGAGAGGAAGAAAUCGUUUAUGCAGUUGAUUUCAACCACAAGAGGGAGAUCCAUCUGAAUGGAUGUUCCUUGGAAAUGUUGAGCAGACCUUCGUUGCUUAUUACAGAUUCAUUUAAUGCUACUUACAUACAACCGAGGAGGAAGCAAAGGGAUGAACAGCUGCUGACUAAUGUUUUGGAGACAUUACGUGGUGAUGGAAACGUAUUAAUAGCCGUGGAUACAGCAGGCAGAGUUCUGGAACUUGCUCAACUUCUUGAUCAGAUCUGGAGAACAAAAGAUGCAGGAUUAGGAGUCUACUCUCUAGCACUUUUGAAUAACGUCAGCUACAAUGUAGUGGAGUUCUCUAAAUCACAGGUUGAAUGGAUGAGUGACAAGUUGAUGAGGUGCUUUGAAGACAAGAGAAACAAUCCUUUUCAGUUCCGCCAUCUCUCCUUAUGUCAUAGUCUGUCUGAUCUGGCUCGAGUGCCUAGUCCAAAAGUCGUUCUUGCCAGUCAACCUGACUUAGAGUGUGGAUUUUCUAGAGAUCUUUUCAUUCAGUGGUGCCAGGAUUCCAAAAACUCUAUAAUUUUAACUUACCGCACUACACCUGGAACAUUAGCGCGCUUCCUGAUUGAUAAUCCUUCUGAAAAAGUUAUAGAUAUUGAGUUGAGAAAACGUGUCAAGUUGGAAGGAAAAGAACUUGAAGAAUACCUAGAAAAGGAGAAACUAAAGAAAGAAGCAGCCAAGAAGUUAGAACAGUCUAAAGAGGCAGAUAUUGAUUCUAGUGACGAGAGUGAUGCUGAAGAGGAUAUUGAUCAGCCAACUGUACAUAAGACCAAACAUGAUUUGAUGAUGAAAGGUGAAGGUAACCGGAAAGGAAGCUUCUUCAAACAGGCAAAGAAAUCUUAUCCCAUGUUUCCAGCCCCUGAAGAAAGAAUUAAAUGGGAUGAAUAUGGCGAGAUUAUCAAACCUGAGGAUUUUCUAGUUCCAGAACUUCAAGCAACAGAAGAAGAAAAAAGCAAAUUAGAAUCUGGUUUGACAAAUGGAGAAGAGCCUAUGGACCAGGAUUUAUCAGAUGUUCCUACCAAAUGUAUUUCUGCAACAGAAUCCAUGGAAAUUAAAGCCAGAGUUACAUACAUUGACUAUGAAGGACGCUCAGAUGGGGACUCAAUUAAAAAAAUCAUUAAUCAAAUGAAACCAAGACAACUGGUCAUUGUCCAUGGACCACCUGAGGCCAGUCAGGACCUUGCAGAAUGUUGCAGAGCUUUUGGUGGAAAAGACAUUAAAGUUUAUGUGCCAAAACUGCAUGAAACUGUAGAUGCAACCAGCGAAACUCACAUUUACCAGGUCAGGUUAAAAGAUUCUCUUGUCAGCUCCCUUCAGUUCUGCAAAGCCAAGGAUGCCGAGUUGGCUUGGAUAGAUGGUGUCCUGGACAUGCGGGUUUCAAAAGUGGAUACUGGAGUUAUUUUGGAAGAGGGAGAGCUGAGGGAAGAAGAAGACUUAGAGAUGCAAGUGGAUAUACCUUCUUCAGACUCUAGUGUCAUUGCACAACAGAAGGCCAUCAAAAGCCUCUUCGGUGAUGAUGACAAGGAGAUGUGUGAGGAGAGCGAGAUCAUUCCUACUUUGGAACCUCUGCCACCUCAUGAGGUUCUCGGACAUCAGUCUGUGUUUAUGAAUGAGCCAAGACUGUCUGACUUCAAGCAAGUUCUCUUGCGAGAAGGUAUACAAGCUGAAUUUGUAGGAGGCGUGCUCGUGUGCAACAAUCUGGUGGCUGUUCGCAGGACUGAAACAGGGCGCAUUGGAUUGGAAGGCUAUCUCUGUCAGGACUUCUAUAGGAUAAGAGACCUUUUAUACGAGCAAUACGCUAUUGUCUAAGGAAAGUGCUGCAAACAUCUUUUUACUUGAACGCUUAAAGACGAUGAGGAUUUCUCCGGAUCUUGACUUUUUGUAUUUUUUUAAUUUAUACAUGAGAAACCAAAUUCAUAAGGAACAAUUAACUGCCCUGAACAUGUAAAUAACUGCUGCUGUCAUUCUUCAUAAAUCUGUCGGUACAUUCCAUGCUGUUGACUUUCAGACUGCUUUGACUUGCCAUCUCCCACACAACACGUUAUAAAUGAGUUCAUAACUAUGAACCCUUCUCAGGAAGGGUUCAGUUUGUCAGGACAUGUUUUGGUUUCAUAGAUUCCCUGCCAAAGAGCACAAAAGACAUAAAAAGUCAUUCUGCUGUUCUAAAAUAAGAUUACAUAGGGA